AUGAAAUACACAACCCAGGCGUCCAUAGCGGGUCUGGUGUUGACGGCGUUCCUUCUGGUGCGUUUGCUGCUCGGAAACUACAGCGCCAUACGUCUCGCUUGGCCGCCGCUAGUCGUGUUCAAAGCGUACGUCCCGUCGUUCGAAAACGUGCCCAACGUGCAGUACUACGACCUGCGCAACUACCAGGGCCACGCGGACGGCUGGCAGCGCGGGGAUCACGUCCUCUUCACCGUCCCGCUCCGUGAUGCCGCGGAACAUCUUCCCAUGUUUUUUGAUCACAUGGACCGCAUAUCAUACCCGCACAACCUGAUCGACCUCUCGUUCCUCGUCAGCGACUCCUCCGACGACACGAUGGGCGUGCUGCUGGAAUACCUGCAGAAGGCGCAGUCCAAGCCUGACCGCACCCAGCGCUUCGGCAACAUCGAGAUCUACGAGAAGGACUUCGGCCAGGCCAUUGGCCAGUCCUUCUCCGACAGACACGGCUUUGCCGCGCAGGGCCCGCGUAGAAAACUCAUGGGCCGCGCCAGAAACUGGCUUGGCUCCGUCGCGCUGAAGCCCUACCACUCGUGGGUCUACUGGAGAGACGUCGACGUCGAGACCAUUCCCCCCACCAUCCUGGAAGACCUCAUGCACCACGACCGCGACGUGAUCGUCCCCAACGUCUGGCGUCCAUUGCCCGACUGGCUGGGCAACAUCCAGCCCUACGACCUGAACUCGUGGCAGGAGUCCGAGGGCGGGCUCCAACUCGCGGAAUCGCUAGACGAAGACUCCGUUAUUGUCGAGGGCUACCCGGAGUACGCCACUUGGCGCACACACCUCGCAUACAUGCGUGAUCCUUCGGGCGACCCAGAGGACGAGAUGGAGCUGGACGGCAUCGGCGGUGUCUCGAUCCUGAGCAAAGCCAAGGUGUUCCGUGCGGGCUCCCACUUCCCUGCCUUUUCGUUCGAGAAGCACGCCGAGACCGAGGCUUUCGGAAAGCUCUCGCGCAGGCUGGGAUACAGUGUCGUUGGGCUGCCGCACUACGUGAUCUGGCAUAUCUACGAGCCCUCGUCCGAUGACCUCAAGCAUAUGGCCUGGAUGGCCGAGGAGGAAAAGCGGAAGAUUGAAGAAAACAAGAUCCGUGAGUUUUACGACCGCGUGUGGCAAGUUGCAUUCGACGAUGUCCGCGACGACUGGGAGAUGGAGAGACUCCAGGUAAUGAAGAACAUAGACCCUAAUGUGCUGGACCGUCGGAUUGUUGUGGACUGGGACGACGACGAGGCGGAAGAUGAGAGCCAGGGCGCGGCCAAAAAGGACUCAGACUCCUCCAAAGAGGCCCCAAAGGAGCCCGCUGAUAAGGCGGGCGGCAACCCCGGCGCCCAAGAGGAUACCAAAGGAAACACGGACGAAGGGAAGGCAGCAGGAGCUGAUAAAAACCUUAAAAACCGGCCACAAGGAGUUGAACAGCUAGAUUUCAACCCCGACAGCUGA